UCGCACAGUGCUCCUUUAGCUCGCCCUCUUCUCUUCCACAAUGUAAAGCGAAAAUUCCUGCUUUUCACCUCUUUCUCUCUCUAGGAUGAUAAAUAUUCCCAUUUUUUUGCUGUGAAGAUCUCCACUUCUCUUGGAAUCAACCUACUAACUGAUGCGAGGGUGGAAUAUUUGAGGCGAAUACGAUCUGCCAGUUGAUUGAACAAUUCAAUUCUUAUGCACUGGAUUUGGAAACAUGUCAACCGGAACUGCUAGACGGGUCUCACGUCAAGAUAUUCAACUGGUGCGAAGUCUUAUAGAGCGAUGCCUUCAGCUUGAUAUGAACCGAAAAGAAGUUGUGGAAACACUUUUGAAUCAUGAAAAAAUUGACCCUAGUUUCACAGAGCAUGUUUGGCAGAAGCUUGAAGAGGAGAAUCAGGAAUUCUUUAAUGCAUAUUAUCUGAGACUGAUGGUGAAAAGCCAGAUUAUUGAAUUCAACCGAUUGCUUGAACAGCAAGCGAGAAUGAUGCACCAGAUACAUCCAUGUGCUGUGACUGCGUUGUCUAGUUCUAAUGGAUCCCACGUCCAACCAAUACCCCAGAGUUGCUACGCACCAGAGCAUACAGGACCUGCUCUGAAACAAGAUGACAUAGACAACCCUGUUGGUGUCAGCUUAGGCAAUGCAUAUUCUAAUGGUACCCAACCUGUACACUCAUCCAUGCACACUGCCGUGGACAUGUCUUCUCAUGCCAGGAACGAUGCUGCACCACAGAGCUCAAAUAUGGGUCUGUUUCAAGGAAUGAAUGGAGGGAUGAUCAAAGUAGAAACUGGAUAUUCAAACAGUUCUCCCUACAUGUUCGGAACAGAGGGCAACGUCCUUGAUGCACGUCAAUCAAUUGGUAAUGCAUCAGUUGCAUCUUUUGCUAGUGUUGAUUCCAACACACCAUCCUUUAACGAAUCGCUACUCGAUCCGGAUCCCUCUUCAUUUGGGUUCAUUAAUCAAAUUACCAGGAAUUUUAGUCUCUCAGAUCUGACAGCAGACUUUUCUCAGGGUUCAGAUAUACUAGAGAGCUAUGGCAGAUGUCCUUUUUUACCAACAGAAGCUGAUAACAUCCUUGAUACUUGUGAGAAUGGAGACCGUCUUGAUGGUAAAGGGUUGGACAGUGUAUCGAAAAGCUUGAGUUACGAAGAGUUCAGACACAAUUAGCUGUGCAGGAGAAAUGUAUAUUAUGUAAUGCAUCUUCACAGACAUUUGGAGCUUUCCAGCUGCUUAGUGAUGAACUUUUAAGCAGUUGUAUAUGAUAAAGGCACAUGGGUUUGCUGCAACCUGAUAAUAGAGAUGCAUCGUAUAUCAUCAUUUUGUUGCUAUACUUGCACAGAUGAUUGUACAUUGCGUUGUAGGGCUGGAGAAGCUUCUUGAAUCUGAAACUUACUGAUCAUAUAUGCGCCCGCCCGUUUCACUGACAUCGGCGGGUAAGGAAUUUUCCUUGAGAACACAGGCUCCUGAUUGAUUACUCUCAGUGAUUCUGAAAACCUUGUAGCUUCCAAGUGAUUAAAGUCUCUAAAACUAACCGUUGAUGUUUGAUAUUUGAUGUUUUGAUUGAUGAUUGCGGUAUUGGAAGUGAUUAUUGUAAUGAUCUGAUUAUUGUGUUGAGUGUAGAUUGUAAGAGUGAAAUACAUCAAGCUUGUUGGCUUUUAGGCUUUUGACCGUACAUUGAAGACAAUAUCUACUAGCAGUAAACUUGGAUCA